CGGUCAUCGAAAUAAGUUUCGAAACUGAUUUCAGCAGAUUUUAGUUGAAGUGGAUUCAUUCCCCUGAUAAACUUAGUGGUAUGGCUGACAUGGGUCCAGGUGGGCGCAGACGGAGACGUCGUGGUGGGAUAGCUGUUGGAAGUGUUAAAGAGCGCCCUUCAGAAAGAGAUCGAAUUGGAGACAGAGAGAAGCAAAGUGAUAAAGAAAGAGUAACAGCAGAUAGAGGCAUCAGAGAAAAAGAAAUGUCUGAUAAAGAAAGCAGUGUAGCAGUACAACCAAGUAAGCCGCCGAUUAUACUAGCGAAACCACCCGAAAGAAAAGAUUCUAGUGGUAUUGCUCCACCAGCUCUUGCUGUCUCUGAUAAACCGUCUGUUGUGAUGAUUAAAACUAGGGAUGAGGUAAAAACAACUUCUGGGACGGCAGCGAUGGGCGCAACAUCACAAGUAACAUCUGAUAGUAGCCAUGGUGACAGCCACCAAGCUCCAGUUUAUCAUAUUCAUAGACAUCAUACUGCAAGUUCAUCAGAAGUUAGCGUACCACAGCAGCAAUUACCACGACUUGUAUUACCUCCAGAAAUGAGACACAGUAUGAAACUUGUGGAUGAUUCCUUGCAGUGGUGUGAUAACGGUAUGGAGAUGUUGAUGGACCAGACUGAUUUUCUUGUGGUAGGCGUUAUGGGUUUACAAGGUGUGGGCAAGUCUACGUUAAUGUCCAUGCUGGCUGGUGGUGUCUCAUUCAAUGAAGGAACAAAAAAAUACCCAUUUCGUCCUCAAAGUAACGAGACCAAAGAUAUUGGUGGACAUCAAACACAAGGCGUGGAUUUCUUGGUGACAAAUGAGAGGGUGAUAUUAUUAGACACUCAGCCAAUACUUAGUGCUUCUGUACUUGAUCAACUCAUACGACAUGAGAAAAUAUUACCCGCUGAAAUCACUACUGCUGAAAACUGUGUAGAAUUACAGUCAUUACAGUUAGCGGCGUUCCUCUUCACAGUCUGCCAUGUUAUAUUAGUUGUUCAGAAUUGGACAGAGGAUGUUAAUAUGUUGCAAUUUAUAUUGAGAGCAGAGAUGUUAAAACCGCCAACGCCAUCACCAAACAUUGAUAGUAGUACUGGUAGUUGUGAUGACUCGUUAGACUACUGUCCACAGAUAGGUGCUCUGUCUCUAGUACAAAGCAAAGCACUUGCUAAUAUAACCAAAGAUUUACCAGAUACCGAAGCUAAUUUAUUCCUAAUCCCGUUAGAAGAAUCCAGAAGAACUGUCAAAAAUGAAGGAAUAUCAUCACUGUUAUCUGAUUACAAAGGACAUCCUGGAAUGGAAGCAAUUAUCAGAUCUUUCAGAAAUACCAUAUUUAGUGCAGCUAGACCACCGUUAGCACAUACGUCACUGACAGAGAAAAACUGGUUUCAUUAUGCUGCAAGGACAUGGGAUGGAGUCAAGAAAUCUAACCUUGUAUCAGAAUUUAGCAGGUUACUCUGA